AUGGCAUCUUUUUCUGCUGUUUGCAAUAAUGGGUUCUUGAAUACUAAACUGGACUUUGGAGUCGAUAAUGGAAAUACUGAGUCUUUGAAGAGAUAUUCAACUGUUUGUUAUAGUCCAGUUUUGAUCUCUUCUUUGGGACUUUGCAGUACUAGCAAUCCCGAACAUUUGUUGCUUUGUAGGAGCAAGUUUAGGACAUUUUAUAAUGGAAAAACUGGGGUUCAAUUAUUGGGUUUUUGUGGUUGUUGCAAGUCUCAAAAUGGGUUGUCUUGUAAGUGUUCAAUUAGGCCAUUGACGAGUGGAAAUGGUGGGGAUGAAGAGACCCAGUUGAGGAAAAGAGGAAAUGGUAAUCUGCGAAAGAGGUUUUCAUUGAGAUUGAAGCCAAGAUUGCGGUUGUUGAAGAUAAGAUUAAAGGGAGUUUCAAUCAGGUCAAUGUUGAAUGAUUUUGGAAUGUUCUUGAGAAGGAAUAUGAAAAGAGUGACUCUUUACACUUCAAUUUCUGUCGCAUUGGGAAUGUGCUACUUGUUUUUGAGAUUGACUGCGUUGCCAUCUCCAAAGAUUGUUCCAUAUUCAGAAUUGAUUACGAGCCUUCAAAACGGCUAUGUUACAAAUGUCUUACUUGAAGAGGGAUCCCGUCGUAUAUAUUAUAACACAAACUCUGAGGGUGCUGAAAAUACUCAAAACUCAGAAGACAAAUCUUCAGUAGUAAAUGUUCCAAAUGAGAAUGCAGCUGAAACAGUUGCAAGAGAAGGUGUUGUGAGCAAAACUGGUCUCGCAUCAAAGGUGGAUUUAUUUAAGAAAUUUUCAAGGCCACAAGCUUCCACCCCAGAGUGGCAAUUUUCUACAAGGAAAAUAGAUCGUGACGAGAAAUUUCUUCUUACUUUGAUGAGAACGAAGGGAACAGCAUACAGCUCAGCCCCUCAAUCAAUUCUGAUGUCAAUAAGGAGCAUGCUUAUAACUAUAAUAUCUUUGUGGAUUCCCUUGACUCCUAUGAUGUGGCUUCUCUAUCGCCAACUUUCUGCUGCUAAUAGCCCAGCAAAAAAGAGGCAAUCAAAUAAUCAGGCAGUCACUUUUGAUGAUGUGGAGGGUGUUGAUGCUGCUAAGAUAGAACUCAUGGAGAUAGUUUUGUGUCUGCAAGGAGCUAUUAAUUUUCAAAAACUGGGAGCAAAGUUACCUAGAGGUGUAUUGCUGGUUGGUCCCCCAGGAACAGGGAAGACAUUACUGGCACGUGCAGUGGCUGGAGAAGCAGGAGUACCAUUUUUCAGUGUUUCUGCCAGUGAAUUUGUGGAGUUGUUUGUUGGUAGAGGAGCAGCUCGCAUUAGAGAUCUCUUUAAUGCAGCAAGAAAAUCUGCUCCAUCGAUUAUAUUCAUUGAUGAACUUGAUGCAGUUGGGGGAAAACGUGGUAGAAGUUUCAAUGAUGAACGGGAUCAAACACUAAACCAGUUGCUGACUGAAAUGGAUGGCUUUGAGUCAGACAAAAAAGUGGUGGUUAUUGCAGCAACUAACAGGCCGGAAGCUUUGGAUCCAGCCCUUUGCCGGCCUGGUCGCUUCUCAAGAAAGGUAGUUGUUGGAGAACCAGAUGAAGAAGGAAGGAGAAAGAUCUUGGCCGUACAUUUGAGAGGGGUUCCUUUAGAAGAAGAUGGAAAUCGUAUCUGUAAUCUAGUUGCUUCACUGACCCCAGGCUUUGUAGGUGCUGAUCUUGCAAACAUUGUUAAUGAAGCUGCUUUACUUGCUGCGCGAAGAGGUGGUGACAUUGUGACAAGGGAAGAUGUCAUGGAAGCAAUUGAAAGAGCAAAGUUUGGAAUCAGUGACAGGCAACUAAGGCCCAGCACAAUAAGCAAAGAGCUGGGGAAAUUGUUCCCAUGGAUGCCAUCAUUGAUGGGAAGGAAUGACACAAGACAGGAUGGUUUGCAAGGCCCUUUAGGUUACCAGACUCUGAGCUGA